AUGAACAAGCAACUGCUUAAGCCAAUCACUCCACUUAUAUCUCUAACUAGAUCAAGAGGUUAUAAGCAUCCAGGAGGAAUUAGAUAUCCAGGUGGAAUUACUUUUUAUCCGAGACAUCCAAACCACAAGGACCCUGAAUAUACACCAACAAAACUAUUUCGAGUAGAACAAAUAAAAUCUAGUAAAUUUCAUCCACGGUGGGAGAAAAAAAUAUUAGAAGAACUGAAAGUGGAUAUGUUUCAGAGUAAAGUUGCUAUAGUCAAAAAUAUACCCGAAAUGAAUGCCAAGUUAUGGAAAGUUAAACAUUUGAUUAAAGUAACACCAAUCACUUUCCCAUAUGGUGAGCCAAAAGAAGAGGAUAUAAAGUAUACUAAAUUGAGAGAAAACGGGGAAUGCAUUGUAACAAAGAGUUUACAGCCCAAUGAAAAACAAUUAGAGGCUUUAGAAUCUUUUGAAAAGAACCCAAAGAAAAUGGAUUCAGAAACAAUUAAGAGGGAUACAAGGUUAAAAUGGAAUAAUGCAUUCACUGGUGGAUUUUAA